AAGCGGGGAGAGAGUUGACGUCCAGAGGAUCCUGCCUAUAGGAUCAGAGUCAUCAAAAGAGCUGUUCCUUUCCCUCACUUUAAACCCAGCCUUCAGAAGCAGGUGCUGAGAACUGAAAGAGAAUGUGAAAUGCGGCAUGACAGCAACAAUCAAAACUUCUUGCUUUGUUCUUCACUUAAUUCUGACUGAACUCUGAUCCAGGAGCAGAAAGCUGAGGAUGGAAAUUUGACAAGCCUGGAUUCAGAAAAUGCUUUAUAUCUGUUUGCCUCUUGAUUUGGUAAACAGCCUUUUAGUACUGAGGAAAACUUAUUUGCAAGACAAAUGAAUGAAACAAAAAAAAGUUCUAGGAUAAAAAACCAUGCUUAAAGACUUUCCGGCUCCAGCUUAUGGAAAUAGUUUUGCUCAGUGACAUUGGUUUUCUUUUCUUUCUUUCUUUCUCUUUUCUUAAAGUAUCAUGCAGUCAUAUGACUUUCAGUCUUUUCUGCCUGUUUAAAACAAGCAAACAGCAACAAAAGACAACUUCAUAAAUUUUAUACAAGGAUUUUUGAACAACAGAAUUAUCAUCCAGUAGAAACAAAAUCUGACCAUGGCAUCUGAAGAGUGCUUUCCGCUAGACUUGAAAGUGGAUAACUGUACUCUUUGCAACGUCUCUGUGAAUCAAAGUGCAAAUCUCUCCAUCCUUAGUGAUGAUCGGUUCUACCCGGGGUUCCUAUACGCCUUUGCAACCAUUUAUGGGAUCAUCAUUUUGAUAGGACUUAUUGGCAAUAUCACUUUGAUAAAGAUCUUCUGUACUGUGAAGUCCAUGAGAAAUGUUCCUAACUUGUUCAUCUCCAGUCUGGCUUUAGGUGAUCUGCUUCUCCUAGUUACCUGUGUCCCUGUGGAUGCCAGCAGAUACCUCGCUGACAAAUGGCUGUUUGGCCGGGUUGGAUGUAAACUUAUCCCCUUUAUACAGCUCACUUCAGUGGGGGUGUCAGUCUUUACACUCACAGCUCUCUCAGCAGACAGGUAUAAAGCAAUAGUGAGACCAAUGGAUAUCCAGGCCUCCCAUGCGUUCAUGAAGAUUUGUGUGAAAGCUGCUAUGAUUUGGAUUUUAUCUAUGCUGCUUGCCAUUCCUGAAGCUGUAUUUUCUGACAUGCACCCUUUCCAUGAUAAAGGCACUAACAAAACAUUUAUCAGUUGUGCUCCCUACCCACAUUCUGAUGGCCUGCAUCCAAAAAUUCAUUCAAUGGCUUCAUUUCUGAUCUUUUACAUCAUCCCCUUGUCAGUCAUUUCAGUUUAUUAUUAUUUCAUUGCUAAAAAUUUGAUCCAGAGUGCUUACAACAUGCCAGUGGAAGGAAAUGUCCAUAUGCGGAAACAGAUUGACUCUCGUAAGCGUCUAGCCAAGACAGUGUUGGUGUUCGUGUGCCUCUUUGCUUUCUGCUGGCUUCCCAAUCACAUAAUCUAUUUAUACCGGUCCUACCACUAUUCAGAGGUGGACACUUCACUGUUGCACUUCAUCACCAGCAUCUGUGCUCGAAUCCUAGCAUUUACUAGCUCUUGUGUGAACCCUUUUGCUCUGUACUUGCUUAGCAAAAGCUUCAGAAAACAGUUCAACAACGAACUGUUCUGCUGCAGGGCCCGUCUCCUCAUAAGAUCUCAAAGCAUGGGCAGAAGCACCACUCGAAUGACCUCCCUCAAGAGCACCAACCAUUCAGUGGCUGCAUUUAGCCUCAUCAAUGGCAACCACAUCUGUCAUGAGGGCUGCGUAUAGGAUACACAGCCAGGGACGCCUUGGAAAACGAUCAUCUUUAGCAAGUUAGUGUCACUGUGUGCUGUGUCUUGUGGGGCUAGUGAGUAACACACACAUAAAAAAACUCAACAGCAUUCAAAGAACUUCAGGGUGCUUUAAGCAGCUGAAGUGUAAUUCAGAACUGGGGAGCAGUCCUACAUAGCAGAUCAUUAAGGGCCUGACACUGUGUUGAACACCUCCUGUGAUGUGCUGAACUCCUACUGGUUUUACAAAGAGUUAAGUGCAUUCAGCACCUUGUAAGAUCACUGUCUUUAAGACUAAUCUUGCGUUCCUCUGUCAAUUUGUACUUAAGUCCUAACUUGGGCAGUCACACAAAAACUGUGGUAAGGGCAGCAAGAUUUGUUCAAGUGCUUGCAUGAAACAAUGUAAUGGUAUAUUUUACCAUGGUGUGUGUGUGUGUAUAUAUAUAUGUGCCUAUAUAUAUAGGCUAAAAUCAGUCCAUUUAAAUGAAGAAUACCCUUUUACAAAGAAGUGAAACAUAGAUCAUUUACUAGAACCAUCAAAUAUUUAUAAAUGUUAUGAGUGCCGUAUUUAUUCACGGUGUAAGAAGAUUUUAAGAGUGUUGUUUACUGGAGUUGGCUGGCCCCUUCUGAAAUCAGGGGUAUCUUGUACAAUAUCAGUGUGAAAGCAGAAACAUUGGAAUAAAUGUGAGUUGGAAUAUGUUUACAGUUUUCAGGUGUAUGCACUUUGUCAUAAUAUAGAGAAAGCUCAGCGCUUUCUAAGAGUUUUUGACUCUUCUCCUUUUCUCUUUUGGGUUCAGGACAAUGGGCAUCACAUUAUUAAAUGAAACAGAAUUUUAGUUUGUGUUAAAUCAAGGAUGAACAAUAAAUGUAAAAUGAAGCACAGGAAUUCUUCAUGAGGAUGUACUGUAAAUAUAUGCUGUAUAGAGGAAGCCAUUAAAAAUAUAUAGCCCAGUCUCUAACUCAUUAUACUGGCCACAUUUCUGUACCUCCACUGAAUGUAAUGGGGUUACAGCUUAUAUAUCUGGUUUAACAGCUAGGAAAAUCAGGCUUUCAGUAUUUUCAUUCCACCAUAGCUAUGAUGUUGUGGCAUCUGUUUUUCUAAGAGUAGGAAGAUGGUUCAAAUGGGGUAGGGAUUAGGCUGUACAAUUAAAAAAACUAUUAAAAUGCUGUAACUCAGAGCAAAAAUCAACUAGUAAAGCAGUAAAUGCUGAGGUUUUAAUGGAGGUGGAGGUUUUAAAUGGCUCACACCACUGACUUUUCCCCCACAAACAGGAAAUAAUAAAACCAGCAAAACUUUAUGAUAAACUUGUAUUUUAAGAGAAAUGUUUGGGCUGUAUUUACACUGAAUCACUACCUUAGAGGCCCAUGAGUAGUGUUCACUGAAGUUAGUAGGAGAGGCCUGCUCACCUGCCUCCAGAGGCAGAAACUGGGUCAUCAUAGCAUCAGUAGAGUUGUGAAAAAAUCAGUUGCAUUUGUUCACAAAGGUCAGUGUCAUGCAAAACUUUUCUUCUGUUUCAAUCUACAUGCAUUUGCAUACUCCUGGUUUUGGUUAUGGGUUGUAUUCACUCAUCGUUACAAGCAAAAUUAAGUGGGAAUUAUGGUUGCACCAGGUUUAGAAACAAAAUGAUAGACAGUCCUAGGAUCUCAUGAUAUUAGUCCCAGGGUUGUGAACCUUUUAGAAACCCUGGGUUGAAUUUCAAGCUGUUUCCGAAAUCCGAAAACAGGGAAAUUUAUUCAGGCUUGGAUGGUGUAAUGAACAUUUCCUCUUCCCUCAAAUUGAGUACAUUCAAGUUAUUUGUAUUAGUAAAUACAAGGGAAAGCAACCUUUAGCAGCUAUAGUACAAAUUAGUACAGUUGUUCUUUGAUCAGACACGAGUUUUCAACUCCAGGGGAUUUUUAAUAUUGACUUCAAUAGGGUCAGGAUUUCACUGCAGGUCAGAAGGAACAUGGACCCUUCAACUCCCAUUAUAUAAACCUGCAUGAGGUACAAACCUACUAUUUAACACACAAGCUGUAUCUACACAAGAUACUUGUGUGGCUUGUUACUACUACGCAGCAGCAUCACGUGGCAGGAAGUGUGAUACAAUGCUACUGUGCAGUAGAAAUAAGCUACUACUUAGUCAGCAUCACCUAAAACCUGUUCUGCAAUGCUACUGUGCAGUAACUCCUGUUACUAUGCAAUCAUUUAGUACUUGUUUAUACUACACAGUCAGCUUCUUGUGUAGACCCAGCCACAGAAAAUGAACCUUAAUCAUGCAUGCUUUUUCAGGAAGAAUAAAAUAGGGUUACCUAUUGGUUUAUGUAACACCACGCCUAGUUUUUCAUUCAUAGGUUUGCAAGUUGCUAAGCCUUCCUGUUCUUCCUUUCACGCCUGUUGAAUGCUGUGAGGCAUUAAGGCUAAGUACAGACAUUCAAAAAGCCCAAGGCUGAAUCAAUUCAAUCUUUGAAGGUCAGUCUAAGCUGCAUAGAUUGAAUUGAUAAGUAUGUGAACACACAUUCACUUUUCAUUCCAAAAAUCCAGCCACAUCCCUGCACUUGCCCUGGCCACAAGCUGGGGCAUGUUAGAGCACAGCUCCCUUCUAAGCUGGAUAAGACAGCAUGGGCCAAGGCCAGCCCACCCACCUUGUGAGGCGGCGGGGUUUACAGGGAAGGUGCAAAGCAUCCUGGGAUGCUGGGAGACUGUGAGUUACCUUGAAUCUGUAGGGGAUCUGGGACAAAAGUACAAUAAACCAUUUUGACCUAAAUCAGUUAAGUCUGAUAUUACAUCCAUCCAGGUUUACCUUAAACCAGUUUCAGCUAUUUUGAAAGUUUAAAUCAAUUUCCCAUCACUUAUACCAGUUUAUGUGUAAUUUCUAUCUCUAGCCAAACAGUCUCAGGUGAGCAGAGAGAUCAUGCAGGUUCGAAACCAGCACACCUUUGUUUGGAAUUCUUCUGCCCAAUUUGGCUUUAAAUUAAUUACAUAUAAGAGAUUUUGGAAAAACAUCAGAAAGACUCUAAUAGUCAAGUGCACCACUAAAAAAGACACUGAGAUUAAACAGUGUCUUUUAGUCCAAAGUGUCCAAAUUCAGCCUUCUCAUGCACCAUUCAAUUUUGUCCAUUUGGCACAGGUGUGUUGUUCUGUUUCUAACUAUUGUAUUGUUAGGAAAUACGUAAUUACUAGCAAAUUGCCCAUCAAGAAUGAUGGGGGAGGAGGGGUAGGUGGGGACAGAGGCCUGUGUCCCAUCCUGCCCCCCUUGGGCUGGGGCUGGGGCCACUCCCUGCCUCCCCCCACUGCUUUGGGUUCAGACCAUUCCCCAUCUCCCCCCUGCCACUUCAGGUCAUGGCUGAGGCCAGGGCAUGGGUUGUUCCCCACCUCCCCCCGCCACUUUGGGCUGGGGCCAGGACUGCCUCCAAGGAGCAGAGGAGGACAGGUUACCGGUAACUCCCCUCUGGCCCCUCAGUCCCCACUGUCAUGGCAGUGCUCCACUGUCUGUCCGCUGUCUGUCUCUGUCUGAUUGGCCAAGACAGCCAAUCAGAGCACAUAUAAAGCGUUAUGGACAGACAGACAGAUAGACAGACUAAGGAUUUUAUAUUAGAAAUGAACACCAAAUGUGUGCGAUUGGGCUGCAUGUCAACAAUAACUGUUAGUAAGUGAAAUUAUCACAUGGUAGAACAGAAAAAUGAUCUUUUUGGACCCAAAUAUUUAUUUUAGGUAGAAAAGCUGUUACCUACAAUACUGAAUAAUAAUUUUCUUUUUCCCUUAAAGAAAGUGUUUUUAACCCAGUAAGGUAUCAGAGAAUAUGGCCAUCUUGAUAAAUGCAAUACUAAUUUUCACAGUUAAUGUGAUCCUUAUGGAAGGAAUGCUGUGACCAUAAAAUUGAGCAAUGUCAUUCUUCAAGCAUGACUUCGAAGAAGUAAUUUCAUGUAUUGCUUGUUCCGCUGACAAAAAAAAAAAUUCAAUUUUUAUAACAGAAACCCAUCUGCGUUUAUUCACUGAGAAAAGCUGAUUUUCAGUCUCACUCAGACUAGACCCUCUAUAAGGCAAAAAACUCAACGCUGCCAAUCUAAGCAAUAAACAGUCCCCUAGAUAUUAAAUGUAUGACUAUUAUUGCUAGUGUUAUAACUCAUGGGGAGCUGGAUCUGAUGAUCUUGUAAGGUCCCUUCCAGUCCCUAACAUCUAUGAAUCUAUGAAUCAUAAUUAUUAUAGUGCAACCUAGAUUACUGAGCUUGUGGAACCACAUCAACUGUUUUGCCUUUUUAAAUAGAUUGUUAGUAAACCCAUAUAAGUUAAAGGGUAUAUAGAAAUAUAAAGAAGCAUUAUUAAAACCUGAAUGAUUUUUGUACAUUUACUAAAGUACUUAUGAUAUAUCUUAUACUUAGUCCAGUGUUUAACGGUACCUAAUUUAUAUAACCAUUCAUUUCUUAAACUAAGGAAUCAUAAGAAAAUACCCUCAUACCUUUGCAGAUAUAGUAGUAUUUGAUUUGGAUUCCAUUUAAAUCUAUAUUUAGUUAGGAUAAGAAAAAUAUACAUUUUAGCACUAUAUGGUUGUGUUUUGCCUAGCAGUAAAGGUAUUGUGAUUUGUAUAGUUCAUGGACCAGUUUUUGCCCUUGAUUAUACCACAACUUAUUACAAAAAUAUAACUAAGGUUCUUAUAAAUUUUAGGCCAGAUAUUGCUCUCUUUUAUGACAUUAUAACUAGUAAGAAUAGAGUCUCACCAAAGGCUUAUAACAGUAGCCCAGUGUUAUUUCCAUUACUAUGAAUGCAGGGUCUUUGAAUUACAGGAAUGGAAUGUGGUAUCUGAGCAAAAAAAGUGUCCUAUAGUCUCAAGACCUACAUAGAUAUAUAUUCCUGCUUAGCUUAAAGCACAUGCAUACAUCUUUGUACGGUUGAAACUACAGAGGUACAACUAAUUUGGAUCAAUACACACACCACCUCCUUUGGAAUUAUAUUUCAGUGUUGACCUAGCUACAUAAUUACUGAUUAACUUAGUGUAAGUUGUAUGGUCUUUUAAGAACAGAGACUACAUACAACUCUAUCAUGCCAAGAUUAUCAAAUCAAUCUUUUUUCUCUUAUUGCUGCUUUUUUUUGGAAAGUGGAUGUGACAGUAUUCUGGUCACGAGACAGGCUGAGAAUGAUGAAGGCAAUAAUACUCAGCCUUAAAUAGCACUAUUCAUCCACAGAGCUCAAAGCAUUUUUCAAAGGAAGUUUUCAUGGUCCAAAUUUUGUACUUGGAAAAACUGAGGAAAGGAGAAGUGAAAUGACUUUGCCUAAAGUUACCCAGCAGGCCUGUGUCAGAGCUGGGAUAAAUCCCUAGAUGCUUGGAUUAUUAGAGUUGUGACCUAAGUAAGGGACCACAUUUUUUCCCCCAGCCAGCAAUUUCAGACUGAUGUUCUAAGUCAACUCCUUGUGAAUAACCAGCUAUCCCUUGUAGCCCUGUUAAAGCCAGGCUGAGACCAGAUUAUGAUACCACCUUAAGAAGUUAUAGAAAGUAGAGUAGAAAUGAAUAGGGAGCCUCCCUCUUCCUUAGGUAAUUUAUGGAAGGCCAGUCACAAUUGUAGACUGAACACAGGCCAGAGGAGUGUCUGUCAUUCCAUUUCUAGUUGGCUUUGGGUGCAGACAAAUUAAAAGGUUUGAGUAAAGGGAGCACUCCAAGGUCAGCAUGACUUAUUUGAACAGACAUUGAAGGGAUGUAAAUGUAAGGCUAAUGAAGUGGGGUGAGUGUCAUGGCUACCUCAUUUCCAUUGUGCUAAUAUCUUUCACAUGGACAUUGUUGGGCUGGUGGAAAGACCAGGCUUAACGAUCCUGCCUCUAAAUAUGACUCGUGACGUAGCAUGUAGGAGUUGUAUACUCACCUUGUGGGGGACAAAAUAUUGAAGCAAAGACCUCUUGGUCAGUGUCCCAUGUGAAAUGUUCUGCACUGUGAUAAAUCUGGAUUGUAUUUCUUCAUCUGGGUUUCAUACUCUCCGUUCAGGCAGGAAAUAUGAGUAUGCACAAUGUUUUUACUUGAGUUGCUGUCUGACUUGGGUGUGGGGAAGGGUAAAGAGUUUCUUCCAUUGCUCAAUAGCAAGCACUUCCUCUGCCCAGUUAAUAAGCAGUACCAAUAAGCUUCAAAGUGGAUUCUGCCAACAUAUAUAAGGCAGGGCUUCCAGAAUGGUAGGUUAAAAGAGGGCUUGAAUUAAGAACUGCCUACCCAUUCAUGGACUAUAAACGAUAACUGCUCUGAAUGUACACAUGGGACCAGUUGUUUACAAUCUCCAAUUAGUCUAGUAUCACUUCUCUAGGAAUGGUAUCCAUUGACAUUGCAUGCACUUUAAAACUGUCUCUUAAAAAGAUUGCGCAGUAUUAUCUUUUAUGUAAUACUUUUAUGUAGAAGCUUCAUAGUGAUAGCCAGUUAGAUGUUAUAGGCUAGGUGUAAAAACACUUCACAGUUUAAAGAGGAUUCAAAGGCACAACUCUCAUUCCUAUCAUUUUCUAAGUUAAGGUGUGUGUAGGUUCUGAACAAAAAAAAUGUACAUAUUUCACAAAAUGUAUAUACCUUUUAUAUCUGUUAUUCAUUGCCCUGUACAGUAAUAUAUGUAUGUAUUAAACCAUCUGAUUAACAUCAAAAGUGUCUUGAAUUACUGUAUAUAGAGAUAAUGAAGUUUAUUUUCCAGAAAACUUGCUUUGCUUUCCCUUUUCUAGAAUGCUAUGACCUUUAGAUGUGAAAACUGUUGAAAAAUUAUUUUUCUUAUGAAAUAAAAAUGUGCAUUAUUGAUAUCCUUUGAAAUCAGAAUCUGAAGCUAUUUGUAAGAAAAGCUAUAACCGCUAAAAUAUAUGUUGUUUUGAUUUGUUUGUCUCUGAAUAUAUUUUCUACAUUUAAAUACUCAUGAAUGGCCCACACACAAACAUGGGCCCAAGUCAAGUUCACUAAAUAUUGAGUGACAGUAAGUUUAUAAGUAAUAAAGCAUGACAUGAAUAAAAAUGUACGUGUUGUUUUUGGUUCAGAACAAGUCUCCAGCUGGACAAAUGUAUUUGUUCUGUUCAAUUUGUGCUAACUGCCAAGCACUACAGUGGCUUUUUCAAUGUUGAUCAAAUCAGUAAAUUAAAGACAGCGCCACUCAAGA